GCUGGGAAGCAAUGGGCCCAGCUAGGCCCGGGGCGCGGCCACACCCCUGUGGGGGAGGGGAAGGAGGCCGCCCCGAAGGGAGUGGACAGCCCCCCUGUCAGUCUUCCAGAGUCUGGGAGUGUAAGAUGAGACGGGGGAAGGUGGGCCUCAUUCUGGCGGAGGGCGAGGAGGAACUUCCUGCCCGCGCGCUCCACCGUGCAGAGCUCUAAGCGCGCGGGCUGGCAGGCUGCGGCGCGUCAAGGUCAGCCUGGAGCUGGGUGGCGGCCUGCCUGGGGGCGGGAGACCCUACUGGGGGGCCGGGCUGGGGCCUCCCAGCGCCUCGGCCAUAUUGAAUAGCCUCGACUGGACCGUCUUUGUCUGUGAAGUCCUGUCCCAAGUUCCAGCCGCGUCCUUAGGGCCUGGGGCAGGAAGAGUCGCUGGCAGCCCGCGCGCCCCAACUUGGAGCUGGGACACCACGUUUCCAGCUUGGAGUGGGCCUUGAGCCUUGGGACUGACCUCGCCCCCGGCUCACGUAGGCAUCCUGGAAAUUGAUUCCCCCAAGUCCUUGGUGGGGGAGCCGGACUUGGUCAAGACUGUACUUGUUGCAGGCGAAGAGAUUGGAGGCGUUGGCUCGUCCCUGGCUGGGGAGGUGAGACUCUCCGGUCAGCGUUGCUGGAACUCCCCCCAUCCAGUCCCUCCCUCAAGACUAAGGGCUACAGUAGUUUGUUGGGGCUCAUUGCCCCCUCACCCCAGAUAUCACCCUGGAGAUCUUAAAGACUCUCGAGAAAAGCCACGUGGGGGGCUGGUUCCCCUGGGGCUUCCUGCCGUCCCCCGACUGCCUCAUUCUUUGGAGCGUCCCCGAUGUCUGCAAAGAUGUGGAUUUGGACGUCCUCGUGGAAGCCCUAAAGCCCGUGGGGACAUUUAAGAAGAUCGGCAAGGUGUUCCGCAAGGAGGAGGACUCCACGGUGGGGAUGCUGCAGAUCGGGGAGGACGUCGACUAUUUGCUCAUCCCCCGGGAGGUCAGGCUGGCCGGGGGCGUCUGGAGAGUCAUCUCUAAGCCCGCCACCAAGGAAGCAGAAUUUCGGGAGCGGCUGACCCAGUUCCUGGAAGAAGAGGGCCGCACCCUGGAGGACGUGGCCCGCAUCAUCGAGAAGAGCACCCCGCACCCGCCCCAGCCCCCCAAAAAGCCCAAGGAGCCCCGAGUGAGGAGGAGAGUGCAGCAGAUGGUGACUCCUCCGCCCCGGCUGGUCGUGGGCACGUACGACAGCAGCAACGCCAGCGACAGCGAGUUCAGCGACUUCGAGACCUCCAGAGACAAGAGCCGCCAGGGCCCGCGGCGGGGCAAGAAGGUGCGCAAAAUGCCCGUCAGCUACCUGGGCAGCAAGUUCCUGGGAAGCGACCUGGAGAGUGAGGAUGAUGAGGAACUGGUCGAGGCCUUUCUCCGGCGACAGGAGAAGCAGCCCAGCGCGCCGCCUGCCCGCCGCCGCGUCAACCUGCCAGUGCCCAUGUUUGAGGACAACCUGGGGCCUCAGCUGUCCAAAGCGGACAGGUGGCGGGAGUAUGUCAGCCAGGUGUCCUGGGGGAAGCUGAAGCGGAGGGUAAAGGGUUGGGCGCCGAGGGCGGGCCCCGGGGUGGGCGAGGCCCGGCUGGCCUCCACCGCAGUGGAGAGCGCAGGGGUAUCAUCGGCGCCAGAGGGCACCAGCCCGGGGGAUCGCGUGGGAAACGCGGGAGAUGUUUGUGUGCCCCAGGCUUCCCCUAGGCGAUGGAGGCCCAAGAUCAACUGGGCCUCCUUUCGGCGCCGCAGGAAGGAGCAGACAGCACCCACAGGUCAGAGGGCAGACAUCGAGGCUGAUCAGGGGGGAGAGGCUGCAGAUAGUCGAAGGGAAGAGGCCAUAGCUGACCAGCGGGAAGGGGCUGCAGGUAAUCAGAGGGCAGGGGCCCCAGCUGACCAGGGGGCAGAGGCUGCAGAUAAUCAGAGGGAAGAGGCUGCAGAUAAUCAGAGGGCAGGGGCCCCAGCUGAGGAGGGGGCAGAGGCUGCAGAUAACCAGAGGGAAGAGGCUGCAGAUAAUCAGAGGGCAGAGGCCCCAGCUGACCAGAGGUCACAGGGCGCAGAUAACCACAGGGAAGAGGCUGCAGAUAAUCAGAGGGUGGAGGCCCCAGCUGACCAGGGGUCAGAGGUUACAGAUAAUCAAAGGGAAGAGGCCGUACAUGACCAGAGGGAAAGGGCCCCAGCUGUCCAGGGUGCAGAUAAUCAGAGGGCACAGGCCCGGGCUGGCCAGAGGGCAGAGGCUGCACAUAAUCAGAGGGCAGGGGCCCCAGGUAUCCAGGAAGCUGAAGUCUCAGCUGCCCAAGGGACCACAGGAACAGCUCCAGGAGCCAGGGCCCGGAAACAGGUCAAGACAGUGAGGUUCCAGACCCCUGGACGCUUUUCGUGGUUUCGCAAGCGCCGGAGAGCCUUCUGGCACACUCCCCGGUUGCCAACCCUGCCCAAGAGAGUCCCCAGGGCAGGCGAGGCCAGGAACCUCAGGGUGCUGAGGGCCGAGGCCAGAGCAGAAGCUGAGCAGGGAGAGCAAGAAGACCAGCUGUGAGGUGAGGGCUAGAGACAGCCCAUGGGCCCUCCCUCCAAGUGUGGGAGGGAGAGAUGCUCUGCCUCUGAACUUCAAAGUGGAGGUGGAGUGCUGGCCACGUCUCCACCUAACAACCCUCUUUAUUCUCUUGUUAAAGUUUUGUUCAUGCAUUGAUUUUUUUUAAAUUUUUUAGAGACAGGGUCUCACUCUGUUGCCCAGGCUGGAGUGCAGUGGCAUGAUCAUAACUCACUGCAGCCUCAAACUUCUGGCCUCAAGUGAUCCUCCUGCCUCGGCCUCCCAAAAUGCUGGGAUUACAGAUGUGAGCCACCACACACACCAUCUGAUUUAAAAAAAAAAAAAUACUGAUUCCUUGUAGCAACCCAAAAUAUGUAAAGAAAGAAUUCGAUACAAUGGGGUUGCGUCACCUAUAGUUUUAACUUCCUCAAAUGCAACUCAAGGUGCUCAGCUUGAUAAAGGGAGAGAGGGAGGGCAGGGGAGAAACUGACUCCUUUUUCCAUCUCUUUUUUGCCUGCACACUUAAUGUGGACUGCCUCCUUGGACUUAAAAAGAGGGCUUGAGCCAACAUGCAAAUAAAAAAACAUUUAUGAACUGA